AUGUCCCCCUCUGUCCCCCCCAUAUCCCCCCUCACCUUUUCCUUCCCUCCCCCCCAGGAGGAGCCUCAGGAAUUGGCCAUCGGGGACCCCGGGGACACCAAGCCCAUGGGGCUGCUGCCCCCUCCUGCCGUGGGGGGUGUCCCCACGGAGGGUGUCCCCACGGAGGGUGUCCCCACGGAGGGUGUCCCCGUGGGGUGGAGCUGCCGGGUGUGCGGCCGCGCGGGGGCCGUGGUGAUGUGUGACCGGUGCCAGCGCUGCUUCCACCUGCACUGCCACCUGCCCGCCCUGCUCGACGUGCCCAGCUCCGACUGGACGUGUUCGCUGUGCCAGGAGCUCCCCCCGCCCUCCGAGGGCCCCGAGGGCCAGGGAACCCCCACCCGGCUGAGCCCCCUGGACCAGCAGAGGUGUGAGCUGGUGCUGCUGGAGCUGCUGUGCCACGAGCCCUGCAGGGCCCUGCAGCGCCCGCACGGCCUCGCGGAGGGGGGUCCGGCCCUGGACCUGACCCUGAUGAGGGCGAAGCUGCAGGAGAAGCUGAGCCCCCCCUACAGGACCCCUGAGGAGUUCGUCAGGGACGCCUGGAGGGUCCUGGGGCAGCUCCAGGGGACCACCGAGGUCUGGGGGGUGUCUGGGGG